AUGAUGGGACUCGGCGGCGACGGCAUCGUCGCCGCGGCGGACGCGCUUCCGGGACGCGCGCAGGCGAUGCGCGUGAGCGAUCAGCACUACGUCUUGAAGGGGCACGCGAUGCGCGCGCCGUUUCCCGAAAAUCUCGAGCGGGCGACGUUCGCGACGGGGUGCUUUUGGGGGACGGAGAAGAUGUUUUGGCGACUGCCGGGCGUGCACAGCACGUCGGUCGGGUACGUCGGCGGACGCGCGACGAACCCGACGUACGAGGAGGUGUGCUCGGGCUCGACGGGACACACCGAGUGCGUUAAAGUGACGUACGACCCGCGGAAGGUGUCGUUCGCGGAUUUGUUGGCGAUGCACUGGACGUGCCACGACCCGACGCAGGGCGACGGGCAAGGCAACGACCGCGGGACGCAGUACAGGAGCGGGAUUUAUUGCACGACGGACGCGCAGUUAGCGAUGGCGAAAGACUCGGCGAAAGCGUACGGGGAAGCGCUGCGGGCGGCGGGGAAGAGUGGGGCGAUCACGAGCGAAAUCAAGGGACCGGGCGAUACGUUUUAUUACGCCGAGGACUACCACCAGCAAUACUUGGCCAAGCCCGGAAGCCGGCCGUAUUGUUCGGCGCAACCGACGGGGGUGCCGAUGCCCGUGACGUGGCUCGAGACGAACGGGGCGAAGUUUGGCGCCGGAUUUUGGGCGAAGUACGGCCCGAAACCGACGUGCACGAUUGGCGUGCCGAACGAACCGAUUUCGUCGGAAGACGCGUCCGCGGCGCGGUGA